AUAUAAGAGCGUUACUGUAUUUUAUAGAUAAAAUUUAUCAUUCGAUGAUGCAAUGCAAUGGAAUUGAAGAAGUUACAGAAGCGGUCAUUUCAAGUCAGGUCGGUACAGCAAUGGACUCCAGCAAUGGUACAAUUCAUAUGGAAUCGGAUGAUAAAGAAUUAUGUAAGACUGUACAAGAAAUGAGUAUCGCCGAAACCAAGAAUGAUAAGUCAGACCAGGUAAUGACAACUUCACAAUUACUGAAAUUAAACAGGACUUCAUACAAACGAGACAUAGAACCGUUUCAAAUACAAUCUUCAAAUACAGGAUUUCAGGAUAUCGAAGUUAACUAUUUUGGAAAAGAUUUUUUAAAAAAUAUACAAUAUAUAGAUGAAUUGAAUAAAAAGGGAUUAGUAUCAGACAAGCUAGUAGGGAGUUUUUCACCAUCACAGGAAUCCGAUAAGGCUUUUCUUAAAAAAAAAAUGAAGCCUCUUGAAGAAGCCCAAAUUAAAGCAUUGCAAAACAUUAAAAUUGACUAUUUUUCCAAAAAGUUUUUGAACAAUAUAGAAUGCCAGUCAGGUGAAAUAAACACAGAGGAAAAGGGUUCUGAAAAAUCAGUAGCUCAGAAAACACCUCAAAAUAAUAAAAUCAAGCUUUUUUCGGAGGAGUUCAUGAAAAGUAUACAAUGUCAUACAAAUAAGAUACAUAAAGAUUGGACAGAGAGAAAACCAGAAGUGUUUGAAACACCACAAAAUGUCGAAACUGAACUCUUUUCCGAGGCUUUUUUGAAAAAAAUGCAACGUCAACCAUAUCAAAUAGAUAACGACCUUUGUCUGAGAGAGUCUGACAAGCUAGUUGCGGCUCCUUCACCAUCAGAGGAAACAAGUAGUGCUUUAUUCAAAAAUUUCGACUUAAGUACCGUAAUGGAUACUGGAACACAAUGUAAAAAUGAAUUUGGUGAGUGUGAAGAAGCUUCUGGCGUUGGUGUCCUGGCGGAGAAAAGUCCUGAUAUUAAGAUCAGGGAUGAAAACUAGGAAUUAAAUUUUAGUUCAAUUUCGUAUAUUCGAAAAUCGUUGUUCUGCAGAUAACUUCAGAUAACUUCACGUAUAACUUCAGCAACUUUUGUAGACUUCAGGAUAUAGUAAAUCUUGAUUAAUAUAUUGAUUACCGAUAAUUAUUGUAUUUAUUGUACAGAUUGAAAAAAUUAUCAGUAUUGGUAAUA